AUGCACAGUGCUUGGCUGCCCUUCAAGGCCGUUCUCAACAAGGGCCAAUCGCAAACGGCACACAGUAGCAAAGCACAACCCGCCAGUCAAAAUGGCCUGUGA